CUCACUUGGGUCCUACAGCUCGUGCACUGCUGUAGUCAUUAGACCGACGCGGCGAUACAUCAAACAUUAUUCUCUCUCCACAUUCACAACAAUAACAGAUAAUCAAACAUGGCGUCGAUGUUGAUGACUUCACUGAGGAGCAGCCCUUUGACGUCUGUGCAGGCUGUUCAGUUCGCUGCUCGUUCUCUCAGCACGUCUGUCCAUCUGCAAGCUCAAGCAAAGAGCAAGAAGUCUCUGGCCAAACCAGGAGUGAAGAACAUUGUUUUGGUUGAAGGUGUUCGAACCCCCUUCCUUCUGUCUGGCACCACAUACUCAGACCUGAUGCCUCAUGAUUUGGCCAGAGCUGCAUUGCAGGGUUUGCUGAACAGAACCGGGAUCCCUAAAGAUGCUGUGGAUUAUAUUGUCUAUGGAGCUGUAAUACAGGAGGUGAAGACCAGUAAUGUGGCCAGAGAGGCUGCUCUUGGUGCUGGAUUUUCAGAUAAGACUCCUGCACACACAGUGACAAUGGCCUGCAUUUCCUCCAAUCAAGCAAUGACCACAGCUGUGGGUUUGAUCGCUGCUGGUCAGUGUGAUGCUGUAGUCGCCGGCGGGGUUGAGUUUAUGUCUGAUGUACCGAUUCGCCACAGCCGCAAAAUGAGGAAGACCAUGCUGUCUCUGAAUAAAGCCAAAACUCUCGGGGCCCGAAUGUCUCUGCUGGGCUCCAUUCGUCUCGCUCACCUGGCUCCUGAGCUGCCGGCUGUAGCUGAGUUCUCCACAGCAGAGACGAUGGGUCACUCCGCUGACCGUCUGGCCGCAGCUUUCGGUGUGUCCCGUCUGGAGCAGGACGAGUUUGCUCUGCGCUCUCACACACUCGCUAAGAAAGCUCAGGACGGCGGGCUGCUCAGUGACGUUGUCGGAUUCAAAGUGCCAGGGAAGGAUAUCGUGUCCAAAGAUAACGGGAUUCGUCCUUCCACCAUGGAGCAGAUGGCUAAACUCAAACCUGCCUUCGUCAAACCUCACGGCACCGUAACUGCAGCAAACUCAUCCUUCCUGACUGACGGUGCGUCUGCAGUUUUGAUCAUGUCAGAAGAGAAAGCACUUGCUAUGGGUUACAAGCCUAAAGCGUAUCUCAGAGAUUUUGUGUACGUUUCUCAAGACCCAAAAGACCAGCUUCUUCUCGGACCGACAUACGCCACUCCAAAAGUGCUGGAAAAGAGCGGUCUGACCCUGGAUGACAUCGAUGUGUUUGAGUUUCAUGAGGCUUUUGCUGGUCAGAUCAUGGCAAACCUGAAGGCGAUGGGCUCUGACUGGUUCGCUCAAACAUACAUGGGCAGGAAGACUAAGGUCGGCGUCCCACCGAUGGAGAAGUUUAACACGUGGGGUGGUUCUCUGUCCCUCGGCCAUCCAUUUGCGGCCACCGGCUGUAGGCUGGUGACCACUGUGGCCCAUCGCCUGCAGAAGGAAGGCGGUCAGUAUGGGCUGGUGGCAGCGUGUGCUGCUGGAGGACAGGGUCAUGCAAUGGUGAUCGAAGCUUAUCCUCAGUAAUCUGCGCACUUCUACACACACACACUUAGAUCCUGUAAAUACUAACGUGCCGUAAUGCCUUGAAAUGAAAUGUUGCUGUACGUUAUCUGGAGGUUCUUGAUUUAAGAUUUAAAAAUGCUGCUUGUGGAUGUAAAUGUGAACAUAACUUUAUUUGAGAACGUGUUUAGGAGAAGAUCAGAAGAUGCUCUGUGAGUUGCAUGCUGAAUGUAGCACAAAAAGGCCAGUUUGAUUCUGAUGCUAGGUAAGAAAUCACCAUUUCAUAUUUGAUUUUGAAAGAGAUGAAGGGGAAUCUAGAAUUCUAGACUUCUGUUCUAAUUCCUAAUUUCGAGAUACUCCUUUAAUUUAUCCAUCAACUUGGAUAAAUUAACUAGCUCGGUCUCAUUCUCUGUUGUUUUAUAUGACAGUAUCAGAAAAUCCAUUAGCAGUUAAUGCAUUUUAGCUCUUGAGGAUUCGAUUGUAAGAAGGACUGAUUCUAGAUCAGUGGUAAGGAUGAUAAAGGUUACGCUCUUAAACACGUGUGCCUCAGAUUCAAGCAGGUGAACCUCUGGAGAACUGAGAUCGCUUUCUCCCUUUUCUAACCGUUUGUACAAAUAAACAUUAUUUGAAAUCACAA